UCGUACGACUGGAAAACAUCCUAUCUUCCUGCGCUGUUACGCGCGUUAGACCUUGUGAUAUGCACAGAUAAAUGCUGCAUGUGUCAGCCUACAAAUAUACCCUGCCACAAGAGAGCAGCUCAGGGUUCCUCAAUAGUCCCUUUGUCCAAGAUAACAACUAUCCUGCUCAGUUCCCUCUCCUGUAGUGAACCCUGCUUACUGCGCACAUCUGUAGCCUGAUGUCCCAUCUUUCAGUUGAGUGUGUUCAGUCUUCAUUCUGCCCCGUUGGGACACCUCUUGCUUCGUAUGUGUGGCUGUAGUACAUGUACAGUGUAUAGCCGUGGAGAUUGUCAUCAUCUGAGCGGAAGGCUGGUCAACGAGGAACACAAGAUGGGCUCGAGACCAAACCGAACGGGAAUAUCAUCCCUUGUUCCAUUAGUUUUGAUCGUGGCAUCUUGUGAAGCUACGGCGGUACCAACAGUGACGGAACCCAGCACGCGAUCAACGCCUGCAGAACACGAGGACACCAGUUCAGCGACGAUCUUCGUGUCAUCUCCACUCACAUCUGAUGUUAUCCCGGAAGGCCAGUGCGGUGAGACCCUGGAAUAUGCGUGUGGCAGUGUCAACGCAGCUCUAUUGUCGGCUGGCUUGCAACAUCGCACAUGGAUAUCUCGCAGCUCUUCGUUUACAUUCUCACUGGCGGGUCGUCCCGAACACGGCUGUGUUGUACCGAUAGGUCAAGUUGUCGAUGUGGAAAGGCAUCAUGCAGACCACAAUAUAACACUGCACGUUGAGUUCAGAGGCGACACCAGUCUCGGCUGCUCCCGUGUAGUAUUAGAGUACAGCGUUGUGUCGCACCUCUCAUUUCAAAUCACCGGGGGUACAUUCCGGCUGCUCGUAAGCUCGAUACUGUUUCGGCCAAAAUACUCGACAAAAUUCGACAUCAGCUCCUUCUCCGUGGUAGGUCUGAAGCUAUUCAAGGCAAGAGUCGCCUCUGUGUCCAUUGAUAACUGUACGUUCGAGUUAUCCCCUUCACGUCGAAUACUGUCGGUCAAUACGCGAAUCUCCCCGAAUGUCUCUUUGUCGGUCUCGAUUCUCAACACAUACGCCAAAGGCUACUUCAGCUCUGCCAACAGUUUUGUAAGCAACACAAUCGGAAUUGAAACCGAUGUUUCUGUUGUCGAUCAGACCUAUGUAGAGAUUCACAACUUCAAUGCUUCCGACCUGGUCAGUACGGAACCCAGUUUUAACGUGAUCAAAAUCGAAAUACCGAAUGUUCGUCGACUCCUGUUCAACAUGACGAACUGUUACUUUCUACGAAUAAACGCGGACACUGCCGUAUUUCUCGAACUUAAAGACGUAGGCGAGUUUAUCUCUCCCGAAAUGAAUCCCAAUUCAGUGAACGAAGUCGUCAUCGACAGCACGAUAUUCGAGAACUGCAGUGUACGUCUUGCUCCUCUAGCUCUGGACGGGAUCCAAAACACCUUGAUAGCAAACACCAGCUUUCUGAACACGCUCUGCACCUCCGUACCUGUGAGUGGAGGCAUUGCGUGGAAGUAUACUCGCCUAACCCGACAACCGUCCAAUGGCGGGUCAGCACCGAUACUCAGAGUGGAAAACAGCACGUUUACGGGUGCACUGAUAAGCAAUGCCAAUCCUCUCCCGAAUAUGGUAUUUUUCGGAUUUUCCCGCGGCAAAGCGUUCGCACUGGCUGUCCUGGAGAUGUCCUCAAGUCGCGGAGAUAACAGUGGGCAGCGCAUGGACUUUCUGGAUUGCCAGUUCGACAUGACAUCAUCCCAUAAACAUGUAGGGUCAGCUGAUUAUCCCCUGUUUCACACUAAGAACUCAACUGUUCGCUUCCUGGGCAACACAAUAAUCCGGACUGCCACUGACGCCCUUCGCAGCCCUUUCUCCACGGACAACGGUACCUUCAAAAUCAUUGGUCGCCUCAGCCUCAACAGCAGCCCUCGAUUUCUACGCAAACUGGAAGGCGGCAGCAUAUUCUUCAAACAGCUUGAUCAAUUCCAAUUCACAAAGAACGCACGGAAUUCCAUGAAUAGUACGUCAAUCCAAUUGAAACUAAGUGUGAGAGUGGCUGAUCAGUAUUAUGGGCCAACACAAUGCCGAACAGGGACGAAGGAAAGCACAAAAAGUACUACAACGGGUAGCAAGAGAACAAGGAUAUCCACGGAGAUGAGCCUGAACUGCUACUCGAAAGCUGAUCCGUCGCUCACAUUUGGCUAUGGGCAGGCUGAUGGACAUGAAAAGGGACAAUACGGCGACUGCCUGUGCAACGCGUAUCAACGUGCCUUUUCCGAAUCUGGCAUUGACACUGUAGGGUGCAACAAGAGCGUACGAGCUGCGCAAGUGUGCGGAAUUCGGAAUACUACGAUUCUAGUGACAUCGGAGUUGGACAAUGACCUCUCUCGUCUUAUCGUCAGCAAACCGUCGUGGCUCAUUUUCACUGGUGCCUCCAGCCAAUGCGUGAAACGCACUGCGAUGCACUGGCUGUUCUGGAAGACAUCCUGUACCACUUCAGCAUAUCAUUCCGGUGCGAACAGACAAAUCAUCAGAUCGUUCUUGAACAUUUCGGACGUGGCGCUGCGCCUGCUUGUGGAGACGAUUCGUGCUGAGCGUGGGUCCAUGACCAACAUGGUGCUGGGUGGGCAUCUACUCCUCUGGCCCUGGUCGCAUUCUAUUGGUCGUGCCUGGGACAGUACAUAUCAUGCAGAGCAUACGCAACCAACCGGAGACAAGCGCAUUCGUCUAGCAGAUGUGACGCUUCUGGUCGCGCCUGGAGAGAGCCUCUCCAUACAUUUGACAGCAUUGGACGACGUCCUAAGCCGAGUGACUACCACACUGGUUGUAACAGUCGUGUCCAAUCACAGCCGGCUUCUCCGCUUCGGCAUCGGUUCUACGUAUGAGCUGAUUGAGGAUUUCCACUUCACAACUAAUGCAGCCAUCAGUGGUAUCGCCCUGGGUGGAGCAGUUGGAUCGGUUGGCUACUUGCAAUUCACCAUGGUUGACGAGCCAAGUACUCGCAGCUCCACAGGGGCGAAAUUCUCCCUGCGACUUCCAUUCCGCCUGCGCAAUUGUCACCAUGGAUACCUGGGACCAGUGACGAUAAAGGGUGACAAAAUAUCAACGUUCGUGUGCGGAUGUGGGCAAGAAAGAUACACGGGAAUAUCGCGCUGCGCUGCAGGGAGGCACACGUAUUUCAAGAAAGGCGUUUGGGCUGGCAAAAUUGCCUCUCCAGUAGCUGCAACAAACGAAGAUUUUCACAACGUAGAACCGAUUUCUUUACCUCUUGUAUCUGGCAAUGACUCGUUCGAGGCCUCAACUUUCUACGGGGAGAGCAUCAUCUAUCCGUUUUCAUCAAUGGCAUGCCAAAACGGACUGUGCAGUGACCGAGAAUGGCUGUAUGGCGUGAAUAGUCCGUGCAAGUUUCACGGCACUGGUCCACUGUGUGGAGGCUGCCUUAAUGGAACCUCAUUGACAAUAGCAGAAUCGGGCUGUGUGGAUUGCAAGAAUCGAGGAGUACUCAAUGUCUACCUUCACAUAUUUCUCACCAUGCUACUCACGCUGCUGCUCUUUCUCGUCAUGUUCUACUUCAACUUUGGCCUCUCACCGCUGCUGGAGAGCUGGCUCUUCUUUAUUCAGACGUCAUGGUAUGUUUUCCCGAAGAGUAACCCUAGAGUAUACGGCAUCUUCUACUCCAUACUGACGUUUGGCCUGGGUAAUCUGUGCCCGUCUACGCGGCUCGACCGAAUGCAGAUUAGUGCUAUUCUGCUCGUGCAGCCAAUGACGCUUCUCCUCAUCUUCGUGUCUCUGAGAGUUGCGCGCUCCUACAAUCGCCUGGGCACGCUGAUAGCUCGCCGUACACAACAUACAUAUUUAGUGCGAGUUAUGUACUUCGCAUUCGUGUAUAGUUAUUUCCUUCUGUGUUUCACUGCAAUCAACAUGCUCUGGUGUGAUAAACUCAAUGGCCAUCUUGUGUUGGUCAUGGACGGAUCGAUUAGAUGUUUUCAGGGCGAUCAUAUCGGCUAUGCUGUGGCCGCAAUUCUCAUCUUGACCGUCCUCGUACUGUUGCCGCCGUUCAUCCUCGUGUUGCCCCAAGCACAGGGUAAUGUGUAUCUGAAGGGCUUCAUCGACGAGGCGUCGCGCAUAUACGGCGACCGGUACCGGCGAUGGGCCGCCGUCGGUCUCCUGCGCCGCUUGGCCAUCGCGCUGGCAGGGUCUCUCCUAGGCGGGGAUGGCGUCGUUCGUCUGCUUGUCAUGGCGCUAGUUCUGCUGAUACUGCUUGUGAGCUAUCACCAAGCGAGGCCGUUCGGUGACGGGACAUUUGCCCGCUUAUCGUAUAACGGCUGGGAAUUACUGCUCCUGCUUCUAGCCUUCUGCAACAGCAUCCUGUACGUCGUAGCAGGUUUGUCAGCAGUGUAUGAAGCAGCGAUUGAAGUGGCUACUCUUUGCCUGUUUUACUUGCCAACGCUCGUGUUGCUCUUGGCAUGUGCGCACCGUCAGUGUUGGUCACCGCAGGGAGGUUUCGGCCGCAUCGAACACAUCUCCCUUCGCAAGUGGUGGAUGAGGAGAGCAGCGACAUCUGCGGAACUGCAGGAGAGCGGACGUUCACCUCCACCCCUGAAUGCUGCUGCGUACGAUAACCUGAUGGAGGAAAUCAGGGAGCCGCUUAUCGCCGACCAGAUCAUGCUGGAUCAGAAAAACAAGAAGUGAAACAAGAGCUCUUUGUCUCCUACGCGUUUCUGUAAUACAAUGCAUGCAUGUCCACCAACACAGAUUGUUUACAGCACACAUGGUCCUUUUUGGUGCUGUAACUACGAACUGUCCCAAAACCUGUUUCUUGUCUAUUCCUGUUUUUUGAGAGCAGUAUGAUGAUUCAAGGUUUGGUUCUUGUUCGACGUGUUAAUACUUGCAAGGUAUUUUACGUUCUAGAAGCCGUGUAUGUUCCUCUCCGUAAUCCGGAUCUAUAUCAAGUGAAGGAAAAUGUCACACCACUCACUAUUCCUGUAAACUACAUGUACGGCUCACUCUUAGGGCGCGUUCAGACUGCCGUGAAUGAGGUUAAACCGUGAUUGGCGAUAAACCGUGAAGGACAUUAGAACUACCCAUAAACUACCGUAACGUUACCGUUACGUAAGUUUUGAAGCUCUCACCGCGGCACUGAGAAGGGAUUUUCAAUAUGUAUUCAGCACAUACGAUUGUAUAUGAAACCCACCAUCUACAUGUAUCUCUUUUUCACAUCUAGACCGCUAGCGCUAUCGUUCACAUCCAGUAGUUAUUGCCGUUGUUUUUGGCACAUUAAACACCUCUUGCCCGAACGUAUAAAUCCUUAGGUUGUUUCCCCUUUCCAUUUAUUCACGCUAUUCAACUGAUGAUUGUGACGAGAAAACGUUCUGAACACAGAA